UUUCAUCAGAUCUGGUUGUCUCUUUUAUGUACGUAUCUCCUUCAUCUUUUGUCUGCUCAGUGCUUUUGGUUCUUCGUUUAAUCUUUCCUCUUCCAGGAAUUUGUGUGCAUCUUCGGUUUGGAGUUGAAAUUUGAAACAUAGCGUAUCAUGAUAUCCAGCCUUUGAUGACUCAGACUGAGAUCUCAUUUUAGUAAUUUUAACGAGAGAUUUUGUUUGACUUAUUCGCGAGAAAUGGCAGAGCUUUUUGGAUAUACAGCAUGCAGACAACUAUCACAAAUGUUAGUUUCAAUAAUAUUCUUCCAUGUUUCCGAGUACAUUCUGGCACUUGUCAUUCAUGGGAAGUCAAACGUAUCUUUUAAGUCGCUUUUGAUAAGCAAACAUUAUCUACUGGCGAUGAUUUGCUCCUUGAUAGAGUACCUUAUUGAAAUCUAUUUCUUUCCCGGCUUAAAGGAAUAUUGGUGGAUAAGUAAUUUGGGCCUUGCAAUGGUUGUUCUUGGAGAAAUCAUAAGGAAGUUGGCAAUUGUGACAGCAGGCCAAGCCUUCACUCAUCUAAUAAAGGUUUAUCAUGAGGAAAAUCAUCAGUUGGUUACAAGCGGGAUCUAUAGAUUUGUCCGGCAUCCUGGUUAUUGUGGUUUCUUCAUCUGGUCUAUUGGUACUCAAAUAAUGCUCUGUAAUCCAAUAUCAAUCGUUGCAUUUACAGUUGUUGUGUGGAAAUUCUUCUCGGGAAGGAUACCUUACGAGGAAUUUUUCCUCAAGCAGUUCUUUGGUUCUGACUAUGAGGAUUAUAUGAGAAAAGUUCCUUCUGGUAUUCCAUUUGUGAGGUGAUUAUUCAACAAAUUCUCUUGAGGGCUCUAUAUACGCGCCCAACAUCCAUGUUCAUUAUGCUAUCUUCAUCUGAUUACCGGUGCUGAGAUAAUGUCAUUUAGGAAUUUUAUUUUCUUACACAUACGGUUCUCAUAACGUGAAGUUUUCCAGAAAAAAGUUCCUCUUAGAUAUCACUUCUAAGGUGAUGCUUCUAUUAACCCUUGUAGAGCGCGUUUAUCUUAUUUGUACAUCAUGUCAUUGUUAAGACUAGGUGUUCCAAACCUUGUCCGAAGAUCGACCAGGUUCUUUGCUAGUUCUUAUGGGCUGAUGGGGGGCAGUGUUUUAAUCACUCUUUUAAGGAGAAGAAAGACCUUGUAAUAUUUUCUGUAUUUGUCAAAUUCACUUCAUCUCAAUUAUGGUUUAGUUCUUUCUGUUGCCUUCUGUUGAAGGCUUGAAGCACAGGCUUUGGCCAUUUUGUUGAACAGUAUUAGCUAGACAAGGUGAUAUAACAACUUCUAAGCAUUAAAAAUGCACCACAUUUAUGUACAGUCAGAUUUUUUUAUAACGGUCAUCGUCUUUUGUAACAAUAUUUUACUAUAAUAUCCAAGUUUUCGUUGGAUCCAAUUUUUCAUGUUGUGUAAUAUCAUA